CAGGCUUGCGGGAUUCUCUUCCCAGCUUGGCUGCAAGUGUCUGAAGGGCGUUGAGCACCUGUGAGCACCCAGGCGAGGAGAGGAGCCAGGACCAUGUGGCUGUCCCCUGCUCUGCUCCUUGUCAUCCUGUCAGGCUACUCCAUUGCUGAUAAUCCACUCACUGGUCCAGGAGCAGCAAGAGGCCGGGAGCGGGGCUCACUGACCGUGCAGUGUCGUUAUGAGCCAGGCUGGGAAAACUACAGGAAGUGGUGGUGUCAAGGCGUUGAGUGGAGCAGCUGCAGCAUCCUUGUCAUGACCACGGGAUCGGAGCAGGAGGUGAAGGUGGGCCGUCUGUCCAUCAAGGAUAGACAUGAAGACCACGUGUUCACCGUGACCAUGGAGGACCUCAGGAGAGACGACGCUGACACCUACUGGUGUGGGAUCGAGAGAAGUGGAACUGACAUUGGGGUUCAGGUGAAGGUGACCAUUGACCCAGGCUACUUCAUUGUGAGGAGUCCAACCGCCCGUCCAGGAGCCUCGAAUCUGAUCACCUCCCCAGGAGCACUGAGCAGCGGGGAGCUGGGCUCAGUGACAAUGCAGUGCCGGCAGAACCCAGAGUGGGAAACCUACAGGAAGUGGUGGUGUCCUGGGGCUGACUGGGGCAGCUGUAGGAUUCUUGUGGUGAUCCCUGGGUCAGAGCAGCAGGUGAAGGAGUACAGCGUGUCCUUCAGGGGGGGUCAGGAAGACCACAUGUUUAACAUGACCAUGAUGGAGCUCUGGAGAGCCCACCCUGACACCUGCUGGUGUGGGAUCAAGAGAAAUGGUACUGAUCUUGGGGUCCAAGUGAAGGUGACCCUUGACCCAAUUGACAGGGUGUAGAUGUAUCUCUCAGGCCCUGCUCUGUCCUGAUCGGUGGGAUCUCACUCGAAUGACUAUCGCUCAGCAUAACCUGUUGCACAUAAUGAUUGAGUCCUGAGUUCUUGCAAUGGGUAUCUGUCCUCUCUAAAGCUCACGUUGAAACAUAAUCCCUCAUGUGGUGGUAUUGAGACAUGGGUCAUUUAAGAGUUGAUUGGGUCAUGCAGGUUCAGGCUGCAAUGGAUUAAUCUGUGCAUGGAUUAAUGGAAGGGUGGGUUACCAUGAGAGUGGGACUGGUGGCUGUACAGUAAGAGGAAGUGAGACCUUGGCUGUCACACUCAGCCCCUUUGCCUGUGACGCCCUGCAGAGAGUCCCCCAGCAAGAAUCCUCCCACCAGAUACGGCCCCUAGACCUUGGACU